UGGCAGAUAGACUAAUUAGCUAGAUAGGGUGGAAAAUAAAGUUGCAGGGGGCUUUGUUAAAAUUUGAAAUUCAAUCAAAGCAGAUAGAUCGAGAAAGAAAAGGAAUGGCAGAGGAAGAAGUAGAGGUUAAAGUAAGAAACAAGCAGGUGAUACUAAAAAAGCAUGUGGUGGAGGGGUUUCCAAAAGAGGAGGACUUUCAAGUGAUAUCGUCUGCAAGUAUAGAGCCAAAGGUGCCUGAUGGUUAUGGUGGGGUUCUGGUGAAGAACCUCUACUUGUCCUGCGAUCCCUUCCAGCGGAUUCACAUGCGACCCCUCCCACCUUCUCUCAACAACAGCUCCACCUUCCGUUCGUUUUCCAUAGGCUCUCCAUUAUUUGGGUAUGGAGUGGCUCAAGUGUUGGACUCGGGACACCCAGAGUUCAAACAAGGAGACUUGGUUUGGGGGAUUACUACAUGGGAAGAGUACAGCCUCCUUCCCAGUCCCAGGCCUGAAACCCUCAUCAAAAUCCUCCACACUGAUGUCCCUCUUUCCUACUAUGCUGGAAUUCUGGGUAUGCCUGGUUUGACUGCUUAUGCUGGAUUCUACAAAGUAUGUAAUCCUAAGAGAGGAGAAAAGGUGUUCAUAUCUGCCGCAUCUGGUGCAAUUGGUCAGCUUGUUGGCCAGUUUGCUAAAUUGUCAGGUUGCUUUGUUGUGGGAAGCUGUGGCAGCAACGAAAAGGUGGAACUACUGAAAAGAAGGUUGGGAUUUGAUGAUGCAUUCAACUACAAGGAAGAGCAAGAUUUGGACGCGACAUUAAAGAGGUAUUUCCCACAGGGCAUAGACAUUUACUUUGAGAAUGUUGGGGGAAAAACACUUGAGGCUGUGCUUCUCAACAUGAGACAGUUCGGACGCAUUGCUGUAUGCGGAAUGAUAUCACAGUACAAUAAUCUUGGUGAGGAGCAAGGAGUCAAAAAACUCAUGCAGCUGGUGUCCAAGAGUGUUCGAAUGGAAGGAUUCACCUUUCUUCAUCACCUUCCCAACUAUAAUGAGUACUUGGACCUUGUGCUGCCUUAUAUCAGACAGGGCAAAAUUGUGUAUGCAGAAGACAUUGCUCAAGGCCUUGACUCUGCUCCAUCAGCUCUUGUAGGACUCUUCGCUGGUCGCAAUGUUGGAAAACAACUCAUCCAUCUGUCUGAUAAUUAAUAUAUCAUAUCACAUAUGAUGGUAUUGAUGAUCUAUCUACUUGGAUGAAUAAGUUUUUGGCAUGUCCAAACCAAAGAUAUAAUAUUUCCUUUUCAUAUC